AUGUCCAUCCUGCUGGCAGCACUGGCAGCAUGUCUGGCGUUUCUACUGGUCAAUGAUGGGCCACAUUCUGGCGUAACAAGGCUUCUGACACCCAACUUCUGUGGCGACCCAGUUUCAAGGAACCAAACUACAGAGAGAGCGUAUCCUUUGGACGCAGUGGAUAGAUUGUAUGCGAUUCCAACGACCGCAGGCAGCUACAUUCCCGGGGAGAUGCCGUGUGUGUCGCGAUCAGGCAGGCUUCAACAUGGUGUUUUAGCGAGUUGCAUCACAGCCUCCGGUGAUGGAGCCUCUCAAGCAACAACAAAUCAGGAGACGGAGUUUCUGAUCAAGAUCGACCCUAUAUGUGCCCAAUAUCAGGCGAUCGACCUUACGGAGAACACAACGACGAUGUUUUUCCAUAAGGCUGUUGACUUCGCAACCCCCUUCGGCGAGGGAGACCCGAACUUUCUCUCACAACAAACAUACUUCGAGGGUAAGGAGAUCAAGGGCAGUCCUUUCACGGUCGCUGUCACAGGGCCUUCUCGGCCUUCUCAAAGUUCUCUCCGCCUCUGCGAAGGAGACGACAUUGGCGGGCCCAGAGGGAGGUGGGUACUCGAAAGGCCGGCCCCAUCCAGCGUUCCUGAAGCCGAUGCUACAACAACACGUGUCAGUUUUCUAAACGCUACAUACACGUGGCAACCUCUAGGAUGCCGGCUCCCCGUAUGGGAGUGCAUGAACGAAACGACCUUCAAGCAGUGCUACGGUGAGCACAAGUUCAAGCUUUUCUUACUUGGGGACUCUGUGAUGGCAAUGCAAACGCGGGAGCUCCAGAAACACUACAACAGCACCGGUCAGUGUGGUCGUUGGCUUGAGCUAGAGUACACCUCUUUACAUGGGGGUUUACCAGUAAAGAUAGCGAACGCAAGCGCGGCAUUUGAGUCAGCAGCUAUUCACUUUGAGGACGCAAACGGUGCUGCGGCUAUAUGGUUCAACGCCGGCCUCCACGAUCUAAACCAUUUCUGCAACCCCGUUGGGAGGUAA